AACGAGCCGGUGCAGUGUGUCCUUCGUGUAGGGAAAAUGUAACAGUUGCGGGUUUUUAGCAUUCUAGUUUUAUGUUGUGCAAUAUGAGUUAUUUUUUGUUUGAGUGUAAAAUUGGAGAAAAGGUUUGAUACCCAUAAUGAUGUGCAAUGAUGAAAUUGAAUGUAAAUAAAAAGCAGUGACAAGUGUGAAUUUUGAACAUUUGGCCGAAUAAACAAAAAUUACAUCAUGAAAUAUAAAAGGAAAUUUGAGGAAGCCGGACUAAAUCAAUGUGCCUAUAUGGACAUUGACGCAAUAUACUUCCAACUCUUGCUUCUGCUGAAACAAGGUAUAACGAAAGGGAUGAUGCCGAAUUUCUAUGAUAGUUCGCGCCCCACCAUGGUUCCCACCAAUUCAGCAUUAUUGGGAACCUCUACAAAUGGUGGGGAGCAAAUUCCAAAAAAGCAUCAAAUUCAAAUUCCUUUCGACUUGGAGGCAACUUUGCAAGCUGUUGAUAACGAAGUUCUGGAAGGAGAAGAAGGGAGUUGUCCCAUCUGCAAUAAAACAUUUAGUCGUAAGACAUCUCUGCUAAAUCACAUACGCAAUCAUACUGCAGAGAAAAAGUACAUUUGUGAAUAUUGUCAAAAAGGUUUUUCUCAACAAGCUAACCUGCGCAAUCACGUCCGUAUUCACACAAAUGAGCGCCCCUAUGUUUGCAUCGAUUGUGGAAAAGCGUUCACACAAAUCACAAAUCUAAACAACCACAGACGACUGCACACUGGAGAACGGCCAUAUGUUUGCAUCGAAGCAAACUGCGGACGCUCAUUCGCUCAAGUGACCAACUUGAACAACCACAUGAAAACGCAUCACAAAACCCAACAGUACGUAUGCAAUCAGUGUCCGAGGCGGUUCUAUCAAGCCACUCAGUUGAAUCUCCACCUUAUCUCGGAGCACAGCACUGCGAAGACCUUUUUCUGUCCCCAGUGUCCCGACAAGCGUUUCAAGUCUCAGUCCCUCUUUCAGCACCAUUUGAAAAUACACGGCUCAAACUUUGGCUUUCCGUGUCCGAAGUGCGACGAAAGGUUUAUUCAAGAACCUCAUCUGAUUUUGCAUAUGACGCACCAGCAUGGCGACUACGCGUGCAGCAUGUGCUCGAUGACAUUCAACGAUGAAGUUUUGCUGAAAAAGCAUGUACAAAGGCACCUGGAUGGAAGAUACCUCACCUGUCCGGUGCUCGGCUGCAACGAGGGUUUCACCAUGAAAAACCAUCUCACCAAACACAUGCAGAUGCGACAUCCAGCGAUUGAUCUCAAGAAGGGUCCCAUCACCGCCGGAGCGGUGGCCCGAUCCCCGAAACACUGCUGCCAUUACUUCAACUGCAACGAGUCGUUCGACAGUUCCGAUGGGUUGAGUGACCACCUGAGGACGGCGCACGGUUUACCGAUUCCGUCGCAAGAAGACAAGAAACAGCUACAGCAGCAGAUUGCUAGCAAUGCUGCCGCGGGAGCAGGGAACGAGGGGCAGUUAUCGUCUCCAUUGCAUCCACCGCCGCAUUUAUUGGGAGCUAGCUUCCAAUCCUAUCAACAGCAGAUUAUUGAAGCACAGCAGCACGCUGCUGCUGCGGAGAAGCAGAAAACCUAUACGGUUUCCGAUCUUCUGAACAUAAAUGAAGAGAUUCAGCAACACCAUCAGCAACAGCACCAUCAGCAGCAGCAGCAACAACAUCAGCCACGUGUUCACCACAACGGAAAACCGAUCGACGUGGAGCAGAACAUAGAAGAUCGCAUGAACAAUCUGAAUCGCAUCAAGACGGAGAUACAAGCUAACAUUCAGAUACAGAACCUGUUUGGUCUAGCGAGUCCGAUGGGCAUAAAUUCGUCGGCGUUCCAUCAUCACCAACAUCAGCAGCAGCAGCAGCAACAACAACAGCAGCACGCUCAAAAUCAUCAGCAGAUAGCCCCAAUGUCCCCUAUAAAGCUGGUGUGCAGUUUCUGCUACAACGUGUACAAGACGCCGCAAACGUUAUCGAGGCACAUUGAAAAGUUUCACAGCUAAUUUGUGUGAAAUGUUCCACGUGUAGAAGCAUGUGACAUGCUUUCUUUUAUUCAGAGUGGAUCGCAACAUUUUUGGAAGACUCGGGGGCUUGUUGCAAUAGAAACAUACUGGUGUUGCACGACAAGUGCUAUGAUACACGACUUUACAACACAAGAGCAGCUCAAUAAUUUAGCUGGUACAAAAGAUUUAUUAUUGCGAACUUCUCACCGCAAUGGACUCCACACUCCCUAAAAAAUGCGCACUUAUCAUAAGUGCGGGAUCCUUCGUUCUCAAGGAUGGUGGCCUGGUUUACUUUGAUGCAUUUGUUUCGAUAAUUAUUUAUGUUGGACUUAUACAAAUUGAUUCGUAUUUAUUGGUAUCUCAUGCCAUAAAAAGAUUUAGAGUGACGAUUGAUCAUUUUGCUAGCGAGAGCGCACUAAAGCGACCAUUUGCCACAGUGCGUGUCUGCUCAUAUAUGAGAAACGAGCUUCAUCUUUUAUUCUUCAUAGGCUCUAUUUCACAUUUCCGACAUUUGGAAUAAUAGCACUGAUGGGCAACUUUUAAUGGGACUGAAGAUUGUGCUUUCGCUAAUUUCUAUACAAUUUACAAUAUUAAAUAUACAAAAAGCAAUAUUAAAAGAAUUUUCGAAAUAUAAACUUCCCGUAGAGCAACUACUUCACAGGCUUUAAAAUAUUUUUUUUUUGCUUUUGUAUUAGUAAUUUUUUAAGCAUUUUAGUUGAAAUAAAUAUUUUAUAUUCUUCAAAAAUCAUCCGACAAACAAAAACCUUGAGAACCCUAUGAUAGCAUACUUUUACUAAUGAGUUAUUGAGCUAUUUUUCAUUGUUUGUCACUGUUUUUUGUUAACUAUCGAUCAAUACACGUUGUAUUAACCGCAUUCGGAAGACAUUGUUUUCCGAAAAUUACUUUCAAUUCAUUCUAAUGUCAAUUACAUAGCACAGUGCACACUACCCUCAUUAACAGAAAAUCGCAAUUUUACAUAAAUAAGUACAGAGUCCCAAAAAUGUUGCGAUUGUUAGAUGUAAGACAACACAAAGAUAGUACAAAAUUUGUAUUCUUAAAGCUAUGUCUCCCCAGGGUGGCAAGAAAUCGCGCAAGCCUCCCCAGUGAGAACAUACCUUUGCGAACCCUCAAAAUGCAAAUCACAAUGAAUCGGUUUGAAAUCAGUUCAGCUCAGAGGCGAUUCAACGGAAAUAGAAUCUUGUGUCAACGCCUUCGAGCGUUGCCGUGUCGUUUAGCGAAAUCGCAUGGUCUAUUAUGAAAGUAAAAGAAAAAAAAAACGAAUAGAAUAAAAGACGGAUCGCAAAUUCAUAAAUGUUUCUUAGGUAUUUACUAUAUAUUUAUUUGGCGAACAAUUCGAAACGGAAGUAAAUUAAAUAAAGAAGGAUGGAUGUGUUUAGGAUACGAGUAACGGGCAUGUGACGAAAUCAAAAAACGAAAACUUUUCCAGUCAACUGUUUCGGAUAAGAUUUAUCGAUGACUAUUUUUGUAUUUAUAAACUAUGUUAUUCUAUUAAGGCAAUUAUUGUGAAUCUGAGAUGAGAAAUAAAACAAAAGCGAUUGUCUAGUCGGA